UGGUCGAAGAGUACGGCCGUCCGCCCCCUCGCCUCUCUCUUCUUGUCUCCACGGACGGCGGCAGCCCGCAACACAUGUCUUUUCCCAUGGUGGGCGACAAUCUCGAGCAAAGCAUGCAGCACCAGAUGAGACCUCGUCCAGUGCCAAGAUGCAAUUGGAAAUGCUGUCAAAACUGCCGGCCGACCUUCCGCGAGCGCACUUACCUCAGCUUUGACGCCGUUUUUCGGGGUCAAGUUCAGCGGCUCCCCAAAACGCGUCCGUAUCGACCGCCCAUUUCAGAUGUCAACAUUGUACGCAAGCUGGGUCUUCGACAAUCAUCUUCAUAUCUCAGGCAAGUCAGUAGCAUGGAACUGACGAGCUCAGAUGACGAGAGCACCAACGGGGUCAGCGUCGGUCAUGCGAGCCAUAUAAGCCAUUUACCCGAUACAAAUACUAGUGAAGACGAAGACAAGGAAGAAGUGGAGGUACGCAAGAGCUGGCGGGCGAGCAUGAAGAAAGCAUGGAAAGGAAUGCUUCCGAAUCCUAGAAUCCGGAGUGAUUCGAGCUCGGUCUCGAUUGAUGUCGGACUCGGUGACAAGCUCGCUUCAUACGAUGCGGACGCAGCAGAAUUCGAUAUUGGAUUAUGGAAGGAAAUGAGUCAGGCUAUCCUUGAUGAAGCCACCAAGAUCAAACUGCCUGGAGGAAGUGAUGAGCAGGACAGCGAGGAUGAGCACGAGUUUGGUGCUGGCGAGGUCGAAGUUGAUGGAGGCGUUGCUGUCAUGGAAGAGUCAGUGGAGAAUCGUGACGCGGAUAUCAUCAUGCAGGUGUAGCUUUGAUAUGAUCGUGAUUAGCUUUGCUGCAGCUCUCUUGUGAGCGUAUUGUUCUGGCUUUUGGUGCU